AUGGCCCCGCACCCGCCCGGCGCCGGGCAGUACCUGCGCUCCGAUAGCGGCGGCUCCGACACUCCCAUGCUGCCCGAGGGCGCCGCUGCCGGGCCCGCUCCCGGUCACUGUCCCGGUGCCGCUGCCGCUCCGGACGGCGGCCCCGGUGCGGCGCGGGGGCAGCGGCGGCGGCGGUGCGGGCCGCUGUGGGGCAGCGUGGCCGUCAUGGCUAUCCUGGCGCUGCAGAUCGCCUCCACCACCGGCCUCUUCGUCUACUUCACCAUGGCCAUCUCCAAGCUGAAGUCCCAGGCUCCGGGCAGCGCGGAGGAGCUGCGGUGUCUGCAGGCGCUCAAUCAGCAGCCCGAGGGCUCCGGCCUGGAGAAGCUGAGCAGCAGCCAGGGCUGCCUCAAGCUGGCCAGCACCAUCAAAGCCUAUGUGGCCACGGUGACCGAGAACAUCAUCCGCAGGAACGCUGUGAAGGAGGCCUGGAGGAACUACUUCAACACCUCAGAGGGGCAGCUUCCUCCCAAAACAGCUGGGAAACCCUCAGCACAUCUCACCCUCCGUCCACAGAGCCUGGCUCAGGAUGGACGCUCCCAGCGCUCCGGGAACCUGUCCCAGUCGUGCCGCCACGCCAUCACGCACUGGGGGCACGGCAGCCUGGUGUCCCACGUGCAGAACAUGACGUACCGCGCGGGGCGGCUGCGCGUGGAGCAGCCGGGCAAGUACUACGUGUACGCGCAGAUCUACUUCCGCUACCGCGGCGCCGGCCGCGACUCGGGCCCGCAGCUGGUGCAGUGCAUCCAGUGGCAGCCGGCCCACAGCCCGCCCGUGCUGCUGCUCAAGGGCGUGGGCACCAAGUGCUGGGCGCCCGAGGCUGACUACGGGCUCCACGCGCUCUACCAGGGCGGACUCUUCGAGCUCAAGGCCGGUGACGAGCUCUUCGUCUCCGUCUCCUCCCUGGCCAUCGACUCCAGUGACGCAGCCGCCAGUUACUUCGGGGCCUUCCGGCUCGACCUGUGACACCCCCUCCGCUCCCGCCUGCCCCUGGACAGCGGCCAAUGGCCCGGGGUGGCACAGGGUUCUUAUGGCUGCGUUGUCCCUUGUGGUGAGGGAUGAGCCAAGAAGGACACGGGGGUGGCUGCCCCCAGGGCUCUGUUGUGCUUGGUGCCACCCUCCAGCGUCAACCAGGAAGAGUCUCCA